CACGAAUCAGCAGCCUCAGCGUGACACCCGUCCGCCAUCUUCCUUGCUCCACACGCGUUUCACUCGGAAUUCCAGAGCACACGAAAGAGCACACUGCACACCUCGUGCCCCGCUGCCUGGCCUGGCCUGGCUCUGGCCUGGUACGGAGGUACAGCUUGGUACUGCGGACGGAGCCUCGAGUCUCAUUCACCUAUCUAUCUUAUCACACACACACACACCAGCUUCGCGUCCUCGCCUGCGUCGCUUGCUUGCCAGUCGUCAGACGUCUCCUGCGCGCGCAACUUCACUGGCGCCCGUCACAAGCGAGCGACUCCGCCAUUUCCGCGACUUGCGCGCCCGCGCGCCCAUCCCCCCCAAAGAAAGAAAUUUCCCGCACCUCCUCGACACCACUGGAACGACACCGCCGUAGCAUCGUCACAGGCGUUUCCACCUCCACGAGCGCAUUACAGCGGCACCGUUGAGAGCACCACGGAAGCAGAUUCAGCAUCACGCAAUCUGCUACAACGACAUACGCUCGCGCCCGACGCGUCAAUCUACCGGCAUCUGCAAUCUAGCUGCCUGGAACACCACUCAGUCGCCAUCUGAUGGCUGCGACGCGUCAAAAAGCAGCUCCUGCCCUGGAGAUCUGGCAAGACUUGGAUAAUAGACACGACGCACAACCACAAGCCCACAUGUCCGACGAUGUAGAGACUGCGCUGCUCAACGCACUCGGUCCCCUCAACGACGCUUCCAACAAGUCCAACGUCCAGCUCAGCUCGUCAACCAACCCCAGUCGCCCCGGCUCCUCGCCUUCCAAAAAAGCCAGUUCUCCUUUACGGCCCAGAAGCGCUCACCGACUCACCAACUUCAAGCUGUCCCCUCCACGGCACUCUAGCUUUCCAACAGAUUCUCCGACCAAGGACAGUGACUUCUAUGCCAUGUAUCACCAAGUCGCGCCCAAAAUGGAACGCAGUCUGUUUCCCCAAUAUGCCCCUGCAUAUGACAAGGAGAACGAGUUCGAAGGCGCUUCAUUCGGUAACAUGACCAUCCCUCCAUACCAAGACAUCGACUAUGGCUAUAAAGGACCACUUAAACGCGCAUACAUGGAUUCAAUGUCGAACGCUUCCGCUGGCAAGAAGCAAAAGCUCUACGACGAGCCCGUAGACCUACCGCCGCCAGAGGAUCUGCCAACAGUGGCCGACGAUGGCCAAAAGCCUUCACACAGCUAUGCUGAACUCAUUGGUAUGGCCAUUCUACGAUCAAAAAAUCGCCGCCUUACAUUGGCGCAAAUCUACAAAUGGAUCUCGGACCACUUUGCCUUCUACCGAAGCUCCGAAGGCGGCUGGCAGAACAGCAUACGCCAUAAUCUCAGCUUGAACAAGAACUUUGUGAAGCAGGAACGUCCUAAGGACGAUCCAGGCAAAGGCAAUUAUUGGGCGAUUAAGCCCGGCGAAGAGCGCCCAUUUCUACUCGGCAAGAAGCAGCCGAUGAGGAAAAUGGCCGAGGGCUCUUCAUAUGCCUUGUCAAUGCCUCUGACAUCGGAUCCAGUGAACUGCAGACCUGGCAGCACGCCUACCAUUGGCAAUUUUAGUGUAGGGCCAACAUCGUCGAGGAAAAUCGAACCGAAGGACAUCGACUCUGCGAAGUUUCCAGACGAAGCGGACUUCAGCUCUGACGGCACGAUCCCAGCCUCGGACCCUGCUCUGCAAGAAGACGAGCAAGAUGAGGCUGCUGCCGCGAUGCCGCCCCCGCCUGUUCACAUGCGCUCAUCACCCCCGCCGCCAGCAGAACUCGGCUCAUCGCCUCCUGCAUUUGACUCGCGUCGCAACGGCACGCCUCCGGUCGAACGUCGUCACCAGCCAUCGAGUAGAUCUGGUAGCCGGCGGCGCAGAGCCGGUGGACUAGGUGACAGUGGCUACUGGUCGUCGAUUGAAUCAUCUGCUGCUCGAGGAGCUGCCCAGCAGCUUGCCUCCGAGACAGAUGUGCGCAGUCUACGCAUCAAGAAGGGUCGCGCUGAGGCCGAAAUCGCACGCAUUCGAAGCUCGUCUUUUGACAGUCCGAGCAAGGAACAGCAUCGGUACCACGGAUUGCCAGGACAUUUCAACUCGUCGCCUUCACGUCAAGAAGACAACCCACUUACACCAGCCGUCAUCUUCAAACGACCGACACGGGCUAUCCCGGCUGCGUCGCCGAACACGAACCUGCAGGACCAUCGCAAUCGUGUUCGUGCCUUGCUAGGCUCGCCGGCCAAGAACAGCUUCAGCCCCAUGCCAGAGGCUCACACGUGGUCGCCCGCGUUCACGCUCAACGAAGAGGGCCCCGUGGGGCUCACUCCGUUCAUUUCGCCAUACAAAGCGAGCAACACGCCAUGGCGACCUGCCGCGGACAGUCCCAGCAAGUCCUACAGUUCGAACAAUGCUGCUUUCGAUAUAUUCAUUGAUCAACCCCAUGAGGAUAUCGCCGCUCGGGGUUCACCAGAAAAGCGCGUCAACCAGCGACCUUCGCUCAUGCGAGCCGCUACAAGUGCUGGUAUCCUAGCCGACAUCACGGGCACCUCUAAGGGCAACAAUCCGCUCAUGUUGCCGCCAGCGAGCAACAGCUCCUGUACGCUGUCUCCAUUCUUUACGAAGUCUGGUUCUUCGAAGUCCAGUGCCAAUUUUAGCCUUGGUUCGCCUCUCAAAACGUCGACUACAGGAGAAGAUAUGAGGUGGUUCGAUUCCGGUAACGGCACCGAGAAUGUCCCUGCACAGAAUAUGAGCAACACAGACGUAGCCGAUCUGUUUGGUCUCGGUCCGCACAGCGACGGGAGCGAAGAAGGUAUUGACCUCUUCCAGGACUUUGGCAAGAUUGGCCAGUCCACCUACACCGGUGCUCCCGAUAGAUCGACUGGAAGUCCCGUCAGGAGGUCCACUAUGGCACCUCCUGCUCGCCCAGGAUUUGGACGCAGCUCAACGAGCAGGUGGUAGAAGCGCCUCCGAUGGGCACCAUAUCCCGGCUGGCGAGGAACGAUACGAACGAUUGAUGGCCUGACGAAUUGACGACAGCGCUUUUGCAGAACUUCAAUUCAUACUGGCGUCGUGCUCACUCAACAUGCAGCGACGGCACCACCGAUAAUUUGGAAGCACAGCAGUCCGUCUUGCACACACAGACAGGAAGCCUGUCCAUGUCUUGAUGGCUUGGCUGUUGAAAGAGAAAGGAGUUUUGUGCUUUUUUUGGGCGACGAUUGUCUACGAUACCAACGGGUUAUGCAAGGAAUCAAGUGCUGAUGGUCCGUGUGCUUGUUGCGUUUGAUGGAUAUGAUAAUACCGAGAGUGUCUUUACGCUGUUAUGCUUAAUGCUUGAACGCCGAUGCGAUGCUUUCAUCAGUGCUAUAGUCGAUGCAAUACUUGAAUGCAAUGACAGUUACAG